AUGCGGGCCAAGCGCUCCAGGCCAAGCACACCCCACCAGCCGUCCCGGUGUAGUCACAAGACAUGCUCUGCCGCCCCACCCACCCGACCGCCAACCACAGCACAGCGCCCGACCCCGGGCCAGGAAGCCGUGGAAAGAAGGCCAAACCCGGGGGCGCCCCAGCCCAUCGGCCACCCGCACCCCCGCACGGCGCACCCCAGCUCAAAUCCGACUAGAGGGCCCAUUCCCUCUCCCGACCUCCGACCACAGAUGGGAAAUAGCGAACGGGAAAAACGGUGGGGAAGAGGGUGUGCCCGGCACCCAUACCCCUGCCAGAAGCAGCCCCGCAAAGCUACACUCCGUGGCCCACAAAAGGCAAGAGAGCCCACAGAGCCAAAACCCAUCCGGAAGCCGAGACCAAUCCACCCCGAGACCAACCCCGGCCAGCCUGCACACUCGGGCCAUGCAGACCCCUCCAAACCCCCUCCCCCAGACAGAAAAGGGACCAGCGUCAGUAACCGGAACCAAGACAAGGAACCAGAAACCGAGCCGGAACCACCCAAGACCAAACAACGCCCCCAACCAUCCAAGGCCAACCACCCCUCCCCACCCCAGAAGGAAACCUACACCCACCCCAACAUUCGAACAACUCCCAGAGCACAUAAGACACUGGACAGCCAGGCUGACACCGCCCCACCCCCUCCCGCAGACCCUCCUCCCCGCCAGCAGAAUGUGCUCCUUGAAGGAAGAAGCACCUGCAAUGAGAUGGGACCUACCUGCCAGUUUCGGAGGCCCUUAUGCCUACCGAUACACCAAAGGUCCCCGAGCCAGGGCCGGUCGCCGGGCAUGCACCAGCCCAAAACCCCGGCAACAUACCCGCCAGGACCCAAGACCCCCAAGGCCCAGCCAGGACUCGAGACGGGGAGCGAUACGCCCCAGGGACCCCGAGCCCCAAGCCCACCCCAGACCCACCCAGGAGCAGCACGGGCACCAGGCCAGUGA